ACACAACGUCAGAUAACGUCAAAUUUUAGACUGUUUUUAAUGAGCUCACUUUUAUAUUUGCCUUGAAGCUCAAUUUGUGAUUUUAUUAUUAAUAGAAGUUAUUUAUUAUUUUUAUAGGUCGAUUAAUUAUUUUUAAAUAUAGUUACAUAAAAUGGCAGCUCAAGUUGAAACUAAAGAAUCCGAUCUAUUAGAUAUGGCAAAAUAUUAUGAAAAUUAUAUUCUUAUUGAUGUUGGUGCUAAUUUAACAAGCAAAAAGUAUGGUAGAGAUUUAGAUUCUGUAAUCCAAAGAGCUAAAGAUUCAGGAGUACAAAAAAUCAUGGUUACAGGCACUUCAGUAAAAGGAAGUAAAGAAGCACUUAGAUUGACUAGAAUCUAUCCCAAUACGUUGUAUUCAACAGCAGGAAUACACCCUCAUGAUGCAAAGUCAUAUACAGAUGAAUCUUGGGCUGAAUUAAAACAGUUAGCUAAUAACCCCGAAUGUGUAGCGAUUGGGGAAUGUGGAUUAGAUUAUAAUAGAAAUUUUUCAGACCCAGAAGAUCAAAAGAUAGUGUUUAAGAAGCAUGUUGAAUUAGCAAUUGAAAUGACCAAACCAAUAUUUGUACAUGAAAGAGAUGCUCAUGAAGACUUACUCAAAGUAUUGGACGAGUUUCAUUCUAAACUACCUCCUGUUGUAAUACAUUGUUUUACUGGUACUUUGGAGCAUGCCUUAACAUACCUGGAUAGAGGAUUUUACAUAGGACUAACAGGCUACCUGUGUAAAGACAAAUCUGAUGUUGGGGUAAGAAAACUGUUAGAAUCAGGAUCUCUACCUUUGGAUAGACUUGUUGUAGAAACAGAUGCACCAUUCAUGUAUCCAAAUACUCGAGCUUCAAAGUUACCUGACAAUGUUAAGGAUAGUUUAACAGAACGAUCGACGAUGUUCUUACAUCGUUAUUGUACUUUUCAACGAAACGAACCUUGCUCAUUACCGGCCAUAGUUGAAAUGGUAGCAGCUUUUAUGAACAAAAAACCCGAAGAAGUUGCUUUGGCCACUUCAUUUAACGCAAUGAAGUUAUUUGGGUUAUCUUGAUUUUUAUAUUGCUAACCAAUAUAAAAAAGUGUUGUUCUAAUGUGAAAUACGUAUUGCUGUUGUUUUUUGUAUUCAGCCCUAUUUCAAAAUUACUUUUUCAAUAACUAUUGGAGUGUUUCUGAAUUAUCGCAGAGUAGAUUUUAUAUAAAUUGAGAAAAACUAUUGGUUUCUUUGAAAAUAUAAGAACUAUUUGAAAUUUGUAGAGGACGUUAAAAUAAGUACAUAAGCAUAUAUCUAUAUCACAAUAAGCAACAAAUUUGACAAAAGAAUGUCCUUUGCUUAAAAUUAAAAAGCAUAAUAUUUCUUAGAGUCGAUUUUCGCCGAUUCCAAACAAAACUAAUGUUACCAUAGCAACAGUACAACUGUCAUGGCAACAUGUACAAAGCACAAAAUGCGGGUACAUUGAGUUGAAUAUCCGAAGCUAGCGUAAAACGUAUUGUAACCUUCGACCAACAUGACUGCUUCAAAUUUUUUGACAACUAUGACAAUCCAAACUUUUUUACUUGGUUUGGAAUCUGUGACAUUUGCUCUUUUCAAAUGAUUCUUAUACUUUUAAGAGAAACCAGCACUGAGAGUUUUCAAAAACACACUCUGAAUGUAAUUUAUUAUUUUUCGUUAAUUUCACAAUAAUUCUGUUUACAGAAAAAUAGUUAUAUCUUGCGUUAAUUGGAAACAUAUAAAAAUUAACUUUAAUAAAUUAUUAAAUUAGGUAUGAAGACAUGUCUUAAUCGAUUAAAUUAUUAUAUUAUUGAUUAUUAAUUAGAUUAGAACUAAGUGAGAAUAUUCUUAAAUUCAUUAUACACCGUAUUUUUUAAUUACAUAUUUGAACUUACCUCGAAUGCACAAAAAUAUUAGGUAAUUUUUAAAAAUACCUACUUGAAAGUUGAUUUUUAAAUAGAAUUUUGAAGUAAGUUACUUAGAACUGAUUUAUUUAAAUUAAAUAGACCAUUAUCCCAUGUUUAGUUAAAUACCAAUAGCUCCCUAGUGGGUCUGUUAUUGACAAUGAGGCCUAUGCGUUUUGAUUUUGAUCUAAAGACGAAAUUUCGAAUAGUUAUUGUAUUCGUUAGCAACAAAUAUUUGAUUACUAAAGACACGUUGCAUUUUUUGUUUGUUUUUAUAUUCGUUUAGAAUGACAAACCUGUUACAAUUUGAGGUAAGUUAAAUUUUACUGUUUAUGCGAAAUGCUAUCGGAAAAACUUUAUAUGCCGUUUUGUUCGUUUUUAGACACAGCGAAGCGUCGAAAAAAGGUACAUGUAUUUCAGAAACCUCCUGUAUAUCGCUAUCGAGAUAAUAAAAUAUGUUUCGAGGUGAAAUAGCACAUGUGUGUGAAUGAAUUUAAGAACGACCUUUAUAGUCAAUUUGAGUCAUAUCACUUGUUCAGUUUCCAGAAGUAAAAACAGAAAAAACAAUACAGGGUAAGUCAUAACUAUUGGGACACAGCGUAAGGGACGGUUGUUUAGACCAAAAUAUGAUGAUUGGACCAAACAUGUAGCGGAAUAAGAUACAGAGUAUUAAAGAUAAAAAAAAAAAUUGGCCACAUAUUCAUAAAUCGUUAUCUAAUUUGGCACAGGUAUAAUUGUAGACAGGUAAUAUUAUUUAACCUAUUAUUUUACAUUUUGAAGUGUCACGUAUACGAUUCCUGAUAAUGAAAUUGGGUCAUACCUUUUUUUUAACGAAACUUUUUAGUAAUUUUGAUUAGAUAAUGAUAUAAACCUAAUUUUUGUGUUAAACUUAAUAAUUUUAACCGUUUUCGAGAAAAACGCAAUUGAAUACUUCAUAUGUCUCUGAAAGAGUUUUCAAAUGAGAAACAGUAGACAAAGUUGUAACUCUGAAUAAUAAACAAAAUAAUUUAAUAAAAAUAAAUUCAAAGUUAACAUUUUACGUGGUAUCCUCCGACUUCUGCGCCUUUUUGUAAUUUGUUUUGAUGAAAGACUUUCUGAA